AGUGGACGGUGGGUGUAUUUAAGUUUUCAAACAAGAAUUUUUACGGUUGAACAAAAUGACAUAUUAGGGAAAUUAGAUAUAAGCUGCCUCACAGCUCCUGGGUCCCAGGUUUGAUCCUGAGCUUGGGUGACUUUCUGUAUGUUCUCCCUAAUGUCUGUGUAAAUUUCCUCUGGUUUCUAUAUACUAUAAUGGCUAAACACUUGCAGUAUUUUAAUCAUAAAGGGUCCCCCCCCCCACCCAGCCGUUUCAUGACUACUGUAAGAAUAAUAUCAUGUUAUUUGCUGGUGAAAGCCACAGCCAGUUUUUAACGAUAUCCCAUUGAUUUUUUUUUCCUGGCCACGAUUAACAAGUCAUUAAAAACGAUACAAACCCUUUAACUUUCUGCAUAACGUCAUUUGCUGCACGUUCAGUUUGUUUCCGCCUUCUUUUGUGUGCGUGCUCCUGAUUGGUCCAGGUCCCCGUCAGUCAGCAGCGCGCUGGAGUGAAAUAACAGUCGAGUCUCAAAGAGCGCGCUGGAUUGUCAUCGGGCUGCUGUGUGCUGCGGUGUGUAAUGUCAAUCUUCUCGCCUCACACAGGACAGGUCGUAGCAAAGAUGAAGGCGGACACGGACUCUCUCUGAUCGCUGCAUCCAGUUUUCAUUCAGCAAAACCUUGCCCCAUGUGAAAAGGGCAAAACAGUGUACUGCAUUUGCCCAAUUCUAAUAUGGCGGCGCUCAGCCCGGUUAGAUCGCUGACUGCUAUUUUUUUAUUUGUCACCGGCGGUCUGAUAAGCCGCUCGGACGGCAGAGAAGCGGUGGAGAAGACCGUCAUCAUCGGCCUGCGUCUCGAAGACACCGACGACGUGUCAUUCAUGGAUAAAGGCUUCCUGCGCGUUAGCGAGAGGUCGCGCGUGAAGUUGAGGGUCUACGGGCAGAACAUUAACAACGAGACGUGGUCCAAGAUCGCUUUCACGGAGCAGGCGCGCAGCAGCGUGUCCGGACUCGCAGACGGUCCAGCCGGGUACACCGAAGCGGACGCUGCUGCCUUCCAGCCUUGUGGCAUCCGAUCGUCCGAUAUCAUCAUCCUUCCCAACGUGGAUGUGAGCCGAUCGACGUCCGGCGUCAUCGAGAUCGAAGUAAAACCCCUGCGGAAAACAGAGAAGAGCAAAGUGUACUACAUGUGCAUAGCCGCACCAGCACCUGCUGCCGACGGUGUGAACGACGCGUGGUCUGAAAACACCUGGAUCUACCACGAGGGGCAUGACACCAAAAUGCUCGUUGUGGAGGAGAAGAAGUUCUUGAUGCCUUUUUGGCUGCAGGUAAUAUUUAUUGCAAUGCUUCUGUGCUUGUCCGGCAUGUUCAGUGGACUGAAUUUAGGUCUCAUGGCACUUGACCCUAUGGAGCUCAGGAUAGUGCAGAACUGUGGCACGGAGAAGGAAAAAAAAUAUGCAAGCAAGAUUGAACCAGUGAGGAGUCAAGGAAAUUAUCUGCUCUGCUCACUGCUUUUGGGCAACGUACUCGUGAACACCACCUUGACUAUUUUGCUGGAUGAUAUUGCAGGCUCUGGCCUGAUCGCAGUGGUUGUAUCAACCAUUGGUAUUGUAAUAUUUGGAGAAAUUGUGCCACAGGCAAUAUGCUCAAGGCACGGGCUUGCUGUCGGUGCAAACACCCUGAUUUUAACCAAGUUCUUCAUGAUCCUUACUUUUCCUGCAUCAUAUCCUGUCAGUAAACUUUUAGACCAUGUGCUGGGACAGGAGAUUGGCACGGUGUACAAUCGAGAGAAGCUCCUUGAGAUGCUCAGGGUUACUGACCCCUACAAUGAUUUGGUCAAAGAGGAGCUGAACAUCAUCCAGGGUGCUCUGGAGCUCAGGAUUAAGACCGUGGAGGAUGUCAUGACACCUCUGCGUGACUGCUUUAUGAUUGCAGCUGACGCAGUCCUUGACUUUAACACCAUGUCCGAGAUCAUGGAGAGUGGGUACACGCGCAUCCCUGUGUUUGAGGGGGAUAGGUGCAACAUUGUGGACCUCCUCUUUGUCAAAGACCUGGCCUUCGUGGACCCAGAUGACUGCACUUCUCUGAAAACUAUCACAAAGUUCUACAGCCACCCCCUGCACUUUGUCUUCAACGACACCAAGCUGGAUACAAUGCUGGAAGAGUUCAAGAAAGGUAAAUCCCACCUGGCCAUUGUGCAGAGAGUAAACAAUGAAGGAGAAGGAGAUCCUUUUUAUGAGGUUUUGGGUAUUGUUACAUUAGAGGACGUCAUUGAGGAGAUCAUCAAGUCUGAGAUUCUAGAUGAGACCGAUCUGUACACUGACAACAAGACAAAAAAGAAGAUAACUCAUCGGGAGAGGAAGCAGGAUUUCUCAGCUUUUAAGCCAACAGACAACGAGCUUGGGGUCAAAAUAUCACCACAGCUUCUACUGGCUACCCUGCGUUUCCUAGCAACUGAAGUAGAGCCAUUUGGUCCAGCUCAAAUGUCUGAGAAAAUCCUUCUGCGUUUGCUCAAGCAUCCCAACGUGAUCCAGGAGCUCAAGUAUGAUGACAAGAACAAGAAAAUGUUAGAGCACUAUCUCUUUCAGAGAAACAAGCCUGUUGAUUACUUCAUCCUCAUUCUGCAGGGGAAGGUAGAGGUUGAGGCUGGCAAAGAAGGAAUGAAGUUUAAAGCUGGGCCCUUUUCCUACUAUGGAUUGAUGGCCUUAACUUCCGUUCUCUGUUCUUCCUUCAUUUCUCCCUCCUAUUCUCCAGUUCCACUCUCCUUGUCUCGAACCUUCGUUGUCAGCAGGGCAGAGUCUCUUGCGGGAUCUCCAGAGAAUAAGUCACCUCCGCGACCUUUUGGACUGAACCACUCAGACUCUGUGAACCGGAACGAGCGCAUGGAAGCCCUAACUCCCACCCUGGCCAGCAGCAACAACCAGCUCAACGCCUUCCUGCAGAUCUACGUGCCAGACUACUCUGUCCGAGCGGCCUCUGACUUACUCUACAUUAAGGUGUCCCGGCAGCAGUAUCAGAAUGCUGUCAUGGCGUCCCGCAUGGACAAGACACCUCAGUCUUCGGACAGCGAGUUCACCAAGAUAGAGCUGACUCUGACUCAACACCAAGACGGACCAGGAGUUGAAUCAGCCUCGCUGCUCAUCCAACAGCAGAACUCGACUAACACACUCAAACCCAACCACAUCACACACACUGAUGGAACUAUCUAACGAAGACAGGAAAUGAGGUGAGAGGGCUAAAACAUUUUCGGCGAGCGAAGUUUGGGAAGCUUUCAUUGGGCAGCUUCUCUGGGAUCAACUGAAUCCUGUGAUAUUUUUUUUUCUACACGUAUAGACUUUACAGGGAAUAAGAGGGCGUGGUGAAAUACCAGAAUGGGAUGAGAAUGGGAUGCGCUCAAACAGUGAGCAGUGAAUGAUCUAGGAAUCAGCAGAUGUCACUCACUCAGCCAUGCUCUACUCAGAAUGCACUCACAUCCAACAGCAGAGAGAGAGAGAGAGAGAGAGAGAGAGAGAGAGACAGACUUUGAAAGCUAUAGCACUGUCCAAUGUCCACCAUCACUCCGAUCAAUAUUUUAACAGAAAGAACGCCUGUUCCUGGUACAUCACUUCCUGUCACCAAGGAUUUAUCACAAUCUUCUACCAGAGAUGGCAAGAAAAAGCAAAAAGUAGUGUUCAUUUAAAGUCAGCCUUGUAACUGCUAGACAUCAUUCAGGGACAUGUAUAUGCAUGUAUAACAGGAGACUCCUGCAGUGGACUUUAUUCAGCAUUGUGUAUUUGAAAUGGGGUUAUGAAGAGGAGCAGCAAGAACAAUUUCAAGACUAGUCUGGCAUUAAUUCAAUUACCUCAGAUUCAGCACGAAAGCUAUAAGCACUCUGGAUUUUGUGUAAGCAAAGUAGAGGAGAGUCUAGACUCCGUAAUAAUUUCACAUUAUUUACAAAGAAGGAUAACGUUUUAAGAAGUGAAUUGGUUGCUUAACUUUUUUUUAUAUAUAUAUAUAUAUAUAUAUGAAAGAAUGUACAUUUUUGUAGACUGACCUGAUUAUUGAAAUAACAUUAACUGAAAUCAGGGCGUUCGGUCACAGUAUAUAAUGACCAAUGCUGCUGCAUGUCAAUCUAAAUGUCCCUGACAAACUGACCUACUUAGUGACGCCUUCAGCAGUUUGAGCAACGAAGCCUGAAGGGAGAGUGCCACUUUGUGAUUUUACUAUAUACAAGGAGCUAAAAGAAACCAUUCCAGAGUGUUUCGUUGUGCUAGAUAGAGCGAAAGUGCAUGUGAGAUUUUAACAAUGGUCAGUCAUGAUUAGAGGAAAGUUAAUACCAGUAGAAUCGAGUGUCUUCAUUUCUAUGGCAAGGCCCUAACGAUUUUCCACAGAAAUACAGAGCGGUUACCAAAACACCAAGUCUCUGAUAGUCAACCAUGAAGAUAAAGUGCUACAGUUUUGAGUAACAGCAAAAGAAGGGAUGAAGCAUUAAAACUCGCGAUUAAACCCUCUAGUGAUGAGGAUGAUGUGGGUUGAGCUCAUAGCACUGAAACAUUCAGCUAAUUCUUGUGUCACGUUUUCGACAGGCUGUCUGGGUUUAGACUGUGUGCAUGUAACACGUAUACAGAAGUGCCAUGUACAGUAUUUGCAGUACAAAGACAUUCAGUAUGUUUACAUGUGAGGGAUUUUUCCAUGUACUUUACAGUGUCACAUUUUACAGUGAAUAGAGCGAGAGUGUAUGUAUCUCACAUCGUAACUUCAGUUUUUAUAUGUAAAAAUUUUUUUGGACCAUUUUGUUUAUCAGUAACGUUUUGGUUUCUUUAAUCGCGUGUUAAACUGUGUUUAAAAUGUGAAUUUCUUUCGUUUUUUCCCAGCUUAAACAAUUCUAGUAUUUCUAUGCUGACUUUUUUAAUGAUUUCACAAUUUCUAUGUAUCAUGUGAUGUCAUUUUAACAAAGUAACGUGCUAAAAAUCUAAUUAUGCUGAGUUCAGCAGUGGGCAUAAGGUACCUUUCCACAGCUUGCGAAACACACACACACACAUGUUCCUUUUAUUUGUUUGCACCUCAGUCUGGAAUAUAUUUGCAAGGUAUGUUUAGUUCAUACACUGUAAAUGGUGAUUCAGUGUUGUGUGCUCGAUUUGAAUGAUCAUGGGUUAGAACCGGGGUCUUAAGUAUUUAUGUAGCAACCUGUCAGUGCAAUAGUGUAUCCGUUACGCAGGGACAAUCAGCAGCAUAACAGUCCACAAAACACACACACACACACGAUCAAGUGUCCUUGUGAACAGGAAACAGAAAAUCAACUGCUAGCCGGUUGAGGAAAGGGAUUUGAAUGUUCUCAAUGAGACCCAGAACAAAAUAUAAUGAUGUUUCCGAGUUCACUGGGACAAUUUUGGUCUCCUGAAUGAUAAAUUGUUAAC